AUGGUGCAGCGGAGGGGCGACGGGGAUGCCCAGCCCGGGGCCGGAGACACCCCCGCCCAGCCGCUGAGCGCCCUCCGGCCGGGCGACCCGCCGGGCACGGGCCCGGGCACCGUCCGGGGCAGGGGCAUCGGCCGCCGCCCCCGGCCCCCCAUGCCCGAGGGGCCCCCCGGGGCCAGGGCAGCCGGGUCGGGGGCCGAGCCCCCGAGGCGGGAGGUGCGGUGCUGCGGCGGGGGUCUGGUGUGGCACCGGCAGCAGAGCUGGCUGUGCGCGCUGCCCCUGCUGAUGGGCGCCGUGGGCCUGGGGCUCAGCCUCAUGCUGCUCCAGUGGAUCGUGGCCGGCUCCGCCCCGGACUUCGUGCCCACCGACCUGCGCGGCUCCAAGGGCCUGGGCCAGGACCCCUUCUUCCUCUCCAAGCCCAGCGCCUUCCCCAAGGCCAUGGAGACCUCCACGGCCGGCCCGGCCUCCUCCGCCCCGGCCGCCUCCUCCGGGACGCCCAACGGGAUGGGCACCCGGCUGGGCCCCGCCACCCGCUCGCCCACCCGCUUCCCCGGGCACCGGGUGCCCAUCCGGGCCGGGCCCCGCUCCACCCCGCCGCGCCAGCCGGCCGCCCCUCCGACGGCCGCCUCCGCCACGACGCCCCCCGGGGCCGCCGGGCCCCAGGGCUCCCGGCCCCCCCGGCCCGGGACCCCCGGCACCCAGCCGAUGCCCAGCUGGCCCACUGCGGCAUACGCUACCUCCUCCUACCUCCAUGACUCCACUCCCGCCUGGACCCUGGCCCCCUCCCAGGAUACCGCCUCCUCCUCGUCCUCGUCCUCCUCUUCUUCGCCCUCCACCACUUCCACCGCCUCGCCGGAGACCAGCACCAGCCCCAGAUUCCAGACAACUACAUAUUCCACAGAGCGUUCAGAGCACUUUAAGCCGUGCAAAGACAAGGAUCUUACGUACUGUUUGAAUGAUGGAGAAUGCUUUGUGAUCGAGACCUUGACUGGAUCCCACAAACACUGCCGAUGCAAAGAAGGCUACCAAGGAGUCCGCUGUGACCAGUUUUUGCCGAAAACAGAUUCAAUCUUAUCGGAUCCAACUGACCAUCUGGGGAUUGAAUUUAUGGAGAGUGAAGAAGUUUACCAGCGGCAGGUGCUCUCGAUUUCCUGUAUCAUCUUUGGAAUUAUCCUGGUGGGCAUGUUCUGUGCAGCAUUCUACUUCAAGAGCAAGAAGCAGACUAAAGAUAUCCAGGGGCAGCCGAAAGAAACGCAGGACAGUAAAAACUACAGCCUCAAUGCCUCCAGUGUGAUUGGCAAACGGGAGAGCACAGUUCAAAGCCGGAUCCAGCUGCAAAAUUAUUCAAAAACAGAAAGACAUUCUGGUCAUUCAGUGGAUAAAAUGAUGGAAUCUAGUUUUGCAGAUUCUCAAUCUUUCCCAGAAGUCUCUUCUCCUGACAGAGGGAAUCAAUCCAUCAAGCCACACAGGAGUCUGUCCUCCUGCUGCAGCCCAGGGCAAAGGAGUGGAAUGCUCCACAGGAAUGGCUUCCGAAGGACCCCACCUUUGCCCCGGGGAAGGCUCAGUGGAAUUGGGGGACCAGCAUAUCAACAGCUGGAAGAGUCAAGGAUCACAGAUCAGGACACAAUACCUUGCCAAGGGUAUUCGUGCAACAGUUUAAAAAAUCCACAGAAAGCAUUGAUAAAUAUGCAACUGCCUUCAAGAGAGACAAAACCCCAUCUUACUAACUUGGAACAGAAGGACCUGGUGGGAUAUUCUUCCGCGAGGGCCAGCUCCGUCCCCAUCAUCCCUUCCAUGAGCCUGGAUGAAAGUUGCAUGCAAAUGCAAAGCGUUCCUGAAGGACCAGGCCUCAAGUGGUGCAAAAACUCAUAUUCUGCUGAGCUCGUCCACAUGAGCCUGCCGGGCAGCAGUUGUCUUCUAGUAGAACCCCAGGAAGUGAAAAUUUUGUUAGAAACUGUUCAGGAGCAGAUUCGAAUUCUGACUGACGGGAGGAGGUCAGAGGACUAUGAACUGGCCAGUGUAGAGACAGAGGAUGGUGCCAGUGAAAAUACCGCCUUUCUACCCAUGAGCCCUGCAGCAAAAUCAGAACGAGAGGCACAGUUUGUCUUACGAAAUGAAACGCAAAGAGACUCUGCGUUGACCAAGUGACUUGGGAAUAUGGAUCCAUGCGUGUUGGAUGCUUGGUGAAACAGGAAGGAGAGGAAAUUCAAUACAAAUUAUUUAUAUGCAUUAAUUUAAGAGCAUCUACUUAGAAGAAACCAAAUAGUCUCUCACCCUCAUAUCAUAGUGUUUUUAAAAGAAAUAUUUUUUUAAAAGGAAAGAACAGUUCCAGGAAGGAUAGCGCUUACAUCAAGAGCUUCUGUGCAGGAUUCUGGAUUCAAUUCCAGCUAAUCACAGGACUCUCCUGUUGGUGUCAGUAUGGGCUAUGUAUCACCUAGUCCCAAAGGCUAGAACCGAUCCCCAAGGUUCCUAUGGGGCGCAAGGUCGAUUAAGUGUGAAAAAACAUGCUGGUGAGCAGAUCUCAGCUUUGUGGCUGAAAUAAGCCCAACCCCAACUCCUGUUAACUCAGUAGCCAAAUCCCAGAGCCCUUCCAGGUGUCUAGAAGUGCUUGUCCUUGCCCGAGUUUAGGAGGAGAUCUCUACACCCCGAAACUCUGAAACUCUGCAUGACUAAGAGAUGCAGUGACCCUGAUUUUUGCAUUCUAUAUUGUCCCUUUGCCCAUCACAGAAGGAAGGUAGAGCUUCAGUGAAAGAGGUAGAGCAGCAGAGGCUCGGUUUGGAAUUGUGGAAUCCAGGAACAUGAUACUUGGUCACCAAAAUAUUUUCACGAAUUCACGGAUUUUCAAAGUGUCAUCCUUUUUAGGUGUUUGUGAUCUCCAAAAGAGCAAUUCUAAGUCUGUGUGUGUGCUUGGAUGUGUGUGUGUGUGUGCGCGUGCUUGAUCUCUUAAGUUUAGUAUUAUUUAUCUGGGACUGCUCCGCGCUCUAUAUUAUCAGUAUCCAGUUAUGCCUGUUUUUCCCUGUUGAGCCCUGAUUGGUUUCCACUCUUUAUUUCUACAUUAACUUUCUUCAACCAUGAUGUAUGCUUGUCUCUUUUUGUGGGGAUGAGAGUGCUUGCUAAGUGGAGUACCCUGAAGUUCACAGUUCACAUGAUGAUUUAAUGUUUUCUGCUGCAAUUAACUCUUAAACCACACCAAACACAAACCACCUCUACUCCCCACCGCCCCCCCCCGCAUAAAAUGUCUCAUUAAGAGAAUAUUCCCCUUGGUUUCUAUUUUGGAAUGUCUGUUUAAAUGAUUUGCACCACCUGAUUGGAAAAGUUGAUAAUGACCAAAUAAUCUUCCCAUGUAUAUUGCCAGAAGACUGAAAUUAAUUCUGUAACUAGUCUGUGUGAACAUAAGAACAUACUUUGCUGCUCAGGUGAGCAAGAAAAGUGUGAGUUAUUGGAACCAUCCUAGACUCUGGUUGAUGAAUCCAGAGAGAGAUCCCCUCAAAUAUCUUGCUAGAUUGGUCCAAGGCUGUUGUAUGUUCAGUCGGAAUAAAGCAAUAUUUUGACCACUGUUAAAUGAAUUGAAACAUUUGCUGAAGGUUUAUGUCUUUUUUUUUUUUGGAGGGAAAAAUAAGUUACAUUUCUCUUAGCAGGUCUAUUUUCAAUAUAGUUGGCACUGUCUUCUUUACCCAUCUUCUGUGGCUGUAAUCCAUCCUGCAGGUUUUCCAUAAAAUAGGGCAUUGAGCUAAUGGGACAGGAUGUGAGGUUACUUGUGGCCAAAUGGAUGCUCUGCCACUUCUGGAUCUCCAGAGCAUGGCCCAGUUAAAGGGGAAGGAUCCUGAGGUGGUCUUAAGAUGGACUAAACAGGAUUAUUAAAAUUACAGUUUCUCAUCCAAAAUAGACACUUCAGUAAAAAGACACUGACUGUUAAUCAUAUCCAAAUGAUGUCUGAAUUCCCAAUAAUUAGCAUUUUAAAAUAAAUUGUCUGUAUUGAAAACACACUGCAGGAUUUCUCUUACUAUUCAAGCAGUGACUCUCUCUUAAAAGGGUGUUCUCAUGACACUUAGGGGACAAGUAAUAAUGGAUGAGCAAUGCAUUGAUAAUCAUUGAAAAUGUUGGACUGAAUGGCAGGGGAACAUCUAAAAUAAUGCGAAAACUCGAGUCUGUGUUAGAGAUGCUACUUUGUACUCAGCAAAAAGAUGUGUGACUGUUAUAUGUCAACUGUCCUAUUAAAUUUUCAGCAUGUUUCAAUAGAGAGACAUUAAUAUUAACAAUUUGACAAAGACUAAUGUACUUAUUUGUGACAAUAAGAUCACUGAAAUGAUCCAUUGCAUCACUGGGAAGAUAUCUAAAGACAGUUUCAGAAUGGUAAAAUUUGAUGGACCCUCCCAAAUCUUCAAUUUUGUAGUAAUUCUUUUUCCCUUUCUCCUUCCUUACCCCAAUGCGCCCACUCUUCCAUCCCUAUAAUGUCUACCCUACUGCUUGUUUGGGAUAUACGUAAAUUUUAAAAGUUACCCAUUUCCAUUAAUAUAAAAUCUAAAAUGACACAUUGUUUAGUCAGUUAACCUGUGCAGUAAUUACACUACAGAGAUAUGAGAGUCCAUGCACUGGGUUUUUUGCCCCAGGUAACAUCUUACCUUGGUGGAUGAAUGAAGAUUGAAACAAGUUAGUUGUUCAAAAGAUCAGUUAUGCUUAAUCAAACUGGGAGAUUGGACAAUUUAAAGAUUUACCACUAAUCAAUGGGGUUUGUGUUUUUUUUCUUCCUCCUCUCCAUGUUUAUGGUAUAAAUACAGAUGCAUACAUAUUCCCAAAGGGUGACCCAAGAUGAACAGACUUGAUUGUGUCCUUUUUCAGAAAUGUGAUUCCAAACCCAAUGGAAUGGUGAGCAUGCAUUUAAAGAAGUGAAAACUAGUUUGAACAAGUCUUGAUGUCCUUAAUAAUCUUGUGCCCAGCAUUCAUGUGUACUAAGAACAUAAUGAAGGAAAGGUGGAGAGUGGGUAUUUAACACUAGAGUUGACAGUUGAGCAAAAGCAUUCACUGGGGCCUCUACCUUGUGUCAUCUCAAAUAUUUAUAUGAUCAGCUAUGUUUCUGUACUAGACUUCUGACUUCUCAUAAUUCAAAAACGUUAUAACUUACAAAUGUUCUCAAUUGUCUGAUGUGAAAUUGGGAAAAUGAGGUAAGUACAGACAAUAAUUUACCAUCUUUCUGUAAUUUGAGCCUUUCGAUUAUUCCAUCCAGUUCUUUACAAUUAGUCAUCUGGAACAAAGUUUCAUCAUAUGCAGUUGGGAGCAGUUACUCUAGAACUGCAGGAAAGAAGAGUCACAAACUCAAGUUUGUAAUUGUGAUUUGCAUCAUUUGUCCUUUUUUUGAAUCCAAAUGCUUCAAGCAUAUACUGACAUUUACCUGAUCAAAUCCAAUCUUGUAGAGAAAGAGACAUGUGAGAGUCCUUCAAAUGGAUAUUGAAAAUCUGGACCAGGAGUUCACAGGGUAAUAGGUCUGUGCCUCUCGUUGCAGAGUGACCAGUGAAACACCUUACAUUUGGUCUCCCUCAUGGCUCUGGAUAGGAUAGAGUUUGCUUCGAUAGGGUUUGAGGUGAUUCAGACUUUUAAUUCAUUCUCGUGUGGCAAUUCAUUUCACGUAUUUUUCCAAAACAGUUUUGGGGAGCUUGAGAUAAUUUGUCCAAAAACAAACACAAAACCUCCAACCAUCCUUUGGAGAUGUAUUUUCCCAGAUUCUCCUGCCAGGAGCUGCUGGUCCAAAAAUAUGACCAAUUUAUGCAAAGGUUAGAGAUUAAGUGUUGAAGAGAGCCAAAGUUAAAAGAUUAACACCUUAUAUGCCUCUCUCAAUUUAAUGUGAAUAUUAGGAUUUAGUCCUGGUGGUCUGUGUUUAAGUAGUUUGACUGCCAACCUUGCUUCCAGUUAAGAACUUGACUUUUGCAAAUGAAUCAAAUCAAAUCUUUCAUUAUUUUAAAUGGCAAAGGUGAGAGGCCCUAAAUGAAGAGUUAAAUCAAGUCAUAUUGCCUUCAAAGCUCCAGAGAGGUUUCUUUUGAUUUUUCACUGUAAAAAUCUGACUGUAAGAGAGAAAACAAAAAGUGGACAUGUCAUGACAUAAAUUAGCUGGAUGGGAGCCUAAAUUAGCUAACAGUGACUUGCUCUUCCAGUGGCUAAGUGGGCUUGGGAAAAACCAAGAGCAACUAAGACGCAAGUAACCAUGUUUCAGCUGUCAUUCGGAACUUAGUUAUCACAUUUCAAUUGUCACCUGGGACUGAAUUGAUCAUGUUUCAACUAUUAGCUAUGAACAGGUUGAAAUGGUAAAAAGAAAACACUGACCUCCAAGAUAAACAAAUCCUCUAACUUCUAAUCUUUGGCAAUAGAUCAUACUGGAGAUCAUCUAUUUAAGGAUCCAUUUAGAUCCUUAGAUCUAGUAGUCAAGAAAAUCAAUCAAGCUCAUGGGGUAUGAGCUUUCUCCAAUGUGACAUCUCCAUAGGUGUCUGGAAUGGUGAUUCCAGGCAAUAUGAGACGUAGAAACAAAAAUGUCUUGGUGCAUGUCUCAAAAUGAAUUAAUCCUAAACAAACAAGAUACUUUUGAGAAGUGGAUAGAUUUUGUGUGUGUGUGUGUGUUUUGCUAUCAGGAAACAUUUUCUACCUAAUGAAUUAUUUUUUAUCAAACAUUAAAUUAUGUAACUUCAGUAAGCAGCGUUGAAAUGUCAGCUGUACUAGUUGCAUGUAGGGUUUGUCAAGUUGUGACAGAUUCAUAAUUUUGGACUUCUUUACUGAUCCAGAACAGUGGUUUAUAAUCACCUGCAUGUCUUUGUGUGUUUGCGUGUGUGUGUGUAUGUGUGUAGGCUGUGUGUGUGUGUGUGUAUGUGUGUAGGCUGUGUGUGUGCGUGGUUCCAGAGUGCAAUCAUCAGCAUAAAGGAGCUAUGUCUUCAGACUGGCUGUGUCACAAAGGUGGAACAGAAUUUUCACCCAUUGUCCACUUGGCUUUACUCCAUGAUGAUGGGGAAUAGGUAAGUCAGGGCACCUACAAUUCUGACAUGGCUAGAUAUAUUACUGUAGAGUUAUCUUAAGAUUUUGAUAAACUUCCUAGAACAACAAAAAUAUAGUAGUUACCAGAGCCCAGGUCUACUGAUAGUAUCAAGUGAUUUUAAAAAAUCUUUGAUCACUAUGUAAAGGUUUGAUGGGUUCCCUGCAAUUCUCAUCUAUCUGACAUGCAGAAAAGAUCAUGCCUGCUAUGCUUUGCUGUGGUCUAAAGCUGCAGUACAAUUUUGGAACUGAUAGAUUAUUGGUUUUCCGGGAAGUGGAUCCCUAAGGACUCUGGAUAGGAACUCAAGGGCAAUUGUGAGGUCUCCCAAUAGCAUCUUCAAUCAGAACUCUUCUCUUUCUUCUUGAAAGCGGUGAUAAUGGUGGCAUUCUUGAAAUCUUGUGCAUUUUAACACUAUUUUAAAUUUUGAGAAAGAGUCUGAGACUAAGCAGCAUGUUGCCUCCCUGCUUGGAGAUUUCAGUUGGAAUAGCAGACGAACUAGGUUGUCAUGGCAACUUCAGUGAGUGUUAGAGGAAGAGCCAAACUAUUCUUCAAAGAGUGCAUUCCUUAAUGGUGGAAGGUGAGUGAUGGAGAUCACUGAAGUUUGUUGCCAUCUCUUUAAGGUUUCUUGCAAUGUCAGAGGAAUUAUCCCUACUUCUUCAGUGAUGUGGUGCCAAUGAGUGUGGAUCCAUAUAAACUCUUCAGGGAGACAUAGUAGUUCCUGGUUUGGUUUUGGUCUGCUUAGCCUUAUAUCUCUUCAAACUGCAUCCCACCAUUUGUCAAUAUGCUUUGUAGUUCAUUCUGUAUUCUGCAAUUUAGACUUCUGUAAGUCUCUUUUGUCAGAGUUGUGAUGAUCUCCAAGGUGUUGUUGAUAUAUUUCCUGUUUGGCUGCAAGGUAUUCUAUAUAUGGACUCAUUCUCAUCAAAUGAGUCCUGGUGCUUUCUUCUUGCUGCAGCCAUUCAGAAACAAAAAAAAAAAUUGAAGCUGCCCAUGAAUUCUAUUUCCUUGGUAGCACGCAAUCCAGUGAUUCAGUGGUAAACAAGGGAUUGAAACAUUUAUUGGUAAAAUUACCAUGUCUUGGGGUGUAGAACCAACAAGGCAUCAAGAAUUAGACUAAACAAAUGUUAUAUGAGGCAAUUGUAGUUUCCAAUCUUCUUUAGGGCUGGAAGAACUGGGUUUCUUUCAGAUAGCAAAUUUAGCUUCUAGAGCAGCUCCACCAAUGCCACUUAUUUGUAAUGUGCUACAAUAAGCGUUAAGACAAGAUCAUAAAUAAGACUUUGGAAAGCAGUCAGUCCACCUGCAUCAAAACAAUGUUCAUCAUAUAUCUUCAUCAGGUGGCACAUGUGAGAAGAAUGGACAACAACAGGUCAUUUCAAACAGCUGACCUUCUAGUGAGCUAAAAGGGUGAACUGAAAGAAGUCCCUUAGAGGCACACUGAAGAAACACCUUAGACCUCGGUUAUGACAGUGGGUUUAUGGAAGAUGACGGUCGAUUAUCUUGGGGGAUUAUCUUGGAAAGAGCCUGUUGGAAGAUCCAUGAAUCCUAGAGGGAGAAAUGAAAACAUUACUAGGAACUGCAGAUACAAAAUGUUACUGGGUUCCCAGGAGCAAUCUUAUGUGCGAUAGAAAGUAGGGGUGUCACACUUCGGUUUUAUCAGCCACACCCCCACAUAAUACUGACAAAACUCACAAAAUCCGUAGUGACAUCUUUGAACAAGAAACACAUUCAGUUCAGCUAUUUGCAAAACUGUGAACAAUUCUCGUGAUGUGUGCCACUCCCAACAGUAAAUGAGCCCUGUGACCUUUGAAUAUGAUUUAUCCCUUCUUUAUUUCUUGCCCUUUUACAAAAACAUGGAGGAUAAUGAGAAAGACUCAAGUCAUAUAUAAUCCCAACCUGAGCACUCUUGUCAACUGCUUUUGGAGCUUUUCUUCUUAAUACAUUCCUGUCCUGGUGUGUCAAAGCCAUUCAAGAGUUUCUUACAUGUUAAAUACAUUGCUGUCGACUCUGAUGGUCAAUUUUUGGAUACAUUUUCUCUGUCACAAACAAUGAAAACACACUGCAAAAACAUUCCCUUUUUAACUAGCUUACUUCUUUAGGCAUCAGACUUCUCUCCUUGCUAAUGUGUCAAGGUUAAAACAUGACAGUAUUAUGACAGUAUGAUGAAACUCCCCUAGAAUCAAAGGUGACAGAGGACUGGUACAGAUCAGUAAUACUGGAACCGUUUGAAAUGAGCAUCAGGCAUUUUAGCUUCUCAUUUUUCUUGAACAUGUAAAGCUGCCGUUAUUGUUUAGAAGCUGGCUUUAAUUCCCACCAGCUUUCCACAUACAAAUUUUGAUGUCUCACUGUAAGUCUAGUUGCUGCCCCUAUAAUGUACAAUUCUCUCAAGUAUAUUUUCACACUUUUAACUACACUAUGUUCUACAGGUCUACACUACAGGUAGACCAGGUAGGCUUAGGUACACAAUAGGCUUUUAAAAUGUACUUUUUAUUACAAAAGAGGUAUUUGGAAUUUGUUUAUAUAAUUUUAGUGAUUGACAUUGAGUCUACAGUAAUAUAGCUACAAAGCUAUGCUCUGGAAAGUCAUGCCUUCAGACUUCAUUUAGGAGAGAUUCAGGGCAGGCACCACAGGGGAUUUGACACGCUUUCUCAUCCCAGACAGUUUUAUCCAGACCAUACCACAGAUCAGUGGUGUAUUCACUCAUUUGCACCCAUCAUUACCCAGGUCACUUGGUAGUUUGGUUGUUUUAUUUUUAAUCAGAUAUGCUGAAUAUUCUGAGUCAAUGGAUUAUAUUGUAGACCUGUGUUUGUUACAAUAUUGUCUUUAUCGGCCACUCAAUAUUUACCCUAAGAAUGAAAAUGCAGAAGAACAAGGGCUAAGAAAUGAACCCUAGGGAAUGCAUGCAUUCAGAAAUAGUCUGUUAAAAUAAAAGUUUGAGCAUUCAUCUAAUACAGUGGUUUGAAAUCUUGCCAGAAACAAGGACAGCUCCAGAAAAGAGCUAUAUCUGUUUUAAUGGAAACUGAUUUAGAAUCAUAAAAUAUCCUCCAAACUUUCUUGGUUAAGCUUUUAGUGAUGAUCAUGCAUUAUAUUUUAUGGAAAUUUUAUAAAAUAUGAUUGGAAUGCUCCCAUAUUUUCAUGUAUUAAUUGAUAAACCUUGAGACUAGUAUCAAAUGGAUGCUCCAGCUUGACAGUGAGUCAUUAAAUGAACCUGAUGAACCUGAUGAAGAAUGUAAAAUAGACACCACUCUGAGGAAAGAGAACUGUCCUUUUCUAGCCCAUAAUCCUUUCCUUUCAUUUUUAUUUCUGUUGUGUGAAAAAACAUUCUUAGUGCCUAUGACAAAGAUUGUGAUCUAAGGAGUGUGCACUGUGUAUUACCAUUUCUCUUUCAAGAAGCGAUUAGCAAAUGAGACUCAUUCUUCUAUGGGUCAUGGUUCUGGGAAACAGCAUUGAAACAUAUGUUGCUCCACAUUUCAGCAAAUGUUCAAUUCCACUUUGUUUAGAAUCCAUUUUGGGGGAGAUGUACAUUCCUGUUCAUGAUUUUAAAGGAAAAAAAUAAGAACUGAUUUUAAUAAUCAA